CAGUAAAGGGGAACAAUUUUCAUUAAUCACAUGUAUGUUGGUUUAAUUGGAUGUGUGAUCAUUGUAAAACGAAUUCAACAAGAGCUUGAGUACAGGAUCUGAAAGUAAAAGAAAAGGAACAUCGCAGAAAGCAAAAUGAUUGUUAACGAAUCGAAACCUUUGUAUUGCGGUUCUGGUUUUGACGAUUUUCACACCAGUUACAAAGGCUGGCACGGUUAUAUUUCGUUCAUAGUCUGUGUAUUGGGUACUAUAGCCAAUACAUUAAACAUUAUUGUCUUGACGCGCCGUGAUAUGCGCUCGCCUACGAAUGCCAUACUAACGGGGUUGGCUGUGGCUGAUUUGGCUGUUAUGCUCGAGUACAUACCCUACACCAUACACGACUAUAUUUUAGAAGAAAGUUUGCCGCGCGAACAACGACUGACUUAUUCAUGGGCAUGUUUCAUUAAAUUUCAUUCAAUAUUUACUCAACUUUUACACACAAUAUCCAUUUGGUUAACAGUGACUUUAGCUGUGUGGCGUUAUAUAGCGGUAGCACAUCCGCAAAAGAAUCGCCAAUGGUGUGGUAUGCGUACCACAAUCAUUACUAUCGCCACUGCUUAUAUCGUUUGUAUACUAGUGGUGGUGCCGUCGUUGUAUUUGAUUACCUCAAUAGUAGAGUAUUUCGAAAUGUUAGAUGCAAAUGGUAAACCCCUAUCCUCGACACCUUUAACUCAAUACAUGAUUGACUAUGAGCGGAAUAUUGAAAAUAAAUCAUUGAACUCAAUUGCUUUCGAGCAGAGUCUAAAUGCGGUCAACCAAAGCAAUAUAAUUAGAGUAGAGAUAACUACAUUCAGCACUAAAAGUAACUCAUCUUCUCUGCUAUCCGCAACAAUAUCAACGUCACCAUCGUCAUUAUCAUCAAAUAAAAAUUUAACCUUCGAGUUAAAUCGUAAUGUCACCGUUUAUCGUUUAUACCUUAGCGAGUUAGCAUUACGCAACAAAUCCCUGCAGAAUGCCACACAACUAAUUUAUAGUGUGUUAAUUAAAUUAAUUCCUUGCAUCGCUUUAACGAUCUUAUCGAUACGUUUGAUCAUGGCUUUGUUGGAAGCCCAGCGACGCCGUAAAAAGCUUACUACGAAUGCUGUCAACGGCUUGAAAUCUGUGACAAAUGGCAAAGCACAAGAACAGCAGUUGCACAAACGAAAAGGUAGCAAAAUAUUCGAAAAAGAAAAGCAAACAGACCGCACCACACGUAUGCUCCUAGCAGUAUUAUUAUUAUUUCUCAUUACCGAGUUUCCACAGGGUAUUCUUGGUCUUUUGAAUAUUGUGCUGGGUCGUGAUUUUCUAAUGCAAUGCUAUCUAAGGUUGAGUGACUUAAUGGACAUAUUGGCGUUAAUCAAUUCCAGUAUCAAUUUCAUAUUGUAUUGCUCGAUGAGUCGGCAAUUUCGUACAACAUUCGCGUUAUUGUUUCGUCCGAAAUUUCUUGAUAGAUGGGUACCAGUACCGGCAAACGAAGAUGACAGACAAACUGGUGCGAUUAAUAGAGAUGAUAUUAGUGCGUUACCAAAUUUAAGGCAAUCUGUUCAUCGAUCAAAUCGGAUGAAACGUGAUAGGUUUAACAGAAGUAUGGUUUUUGAGCAGAAUGCAGCCACAACAACGCAAAUAACAAAUGUGUAGCAACAAUCGAAGCGGUUUGCUCAGACCGUAAACAGUAAGCGGCCUUACUGGAAUUCCUUACGAUUGAAAAUCAAUCGUAAGCCUAGCCAGCCGGCGAUAACCGAAUGUGAUUGUGAUCAUUACGUUCCUCAAGAUAAACAACUUAGAACGAUUGUUGAUAACAAUGCAACAAAUACAAUGGAAACCACAAUGCUGUCUGCAAAUUAUUUACAUUAUUUAGUCUACAUUUCAACGUAUCAUCCAACAGUAAAAUGUGAACAAUGCUAAAACCAGAGGAAAUAAAAAACAACUCAUUGUCGCUUAUUGUUAAGACACACACACACACACAACUUGAUGAAAGAAAUAUAUAUAGAAUUUCUUAUGAAUCAUUUAUUGCAAUAUCAGGCCGACAAUAGGCACAUUGAACUUGAAAACGAAAAUGAACAAACGAAAUGUUUAUGUAUAUAUGUAUACCCACGUUGUAUGUAUUUAAAAUAAUCAGCAACGAUAAGAUACUCGGACAAUUGUUCAAAAAUCAGACAUACAGUUAUUAAUGCAACAUUAUUAACAGACUUUAUUACGACUAGUUUAAGAUACUUGAACUAUUGUUACCGUAACAAUACAACGCAACCACUAAUGUUGUACGUUGCGAAUUGUGUUUUCACUUUCGUGUGUAGCAAUGGCAUUUACAACAACAAUAAAAUUGCACUUUUGUUGUUGUUGCUGAGUGGCGCUAUUUUGCUAAAGACAAAAGCGCAAAUCCCCCUGAAGGUUAUUGUUAGAAGGUGUUUUCCUUCUUUGCCAGUUUUCUCUAUACCGUCUUCGUCACUAUGUUCUUCUUCUUAUUUGUCUUGUUUCUAUUGUUGUUGUCAUUAUGGACUUUACUUAUCUCUACACAUUGCUUAAUACAUAUAUGCAUACAAAGUUACAUGUAAACAUAUAUACAGAUGUACGUACCUCCAUAUAAGUGUGGAUAACUAUAUGUCCAUUGGUGGGGAUCUCUCUCUCUCUCUCUCUCUCUCUGUAUGUAGGUAUAUAUAUGUAUAUAUAUAUAUGUUAAAAUUUUAUCCUAUCACUUAGAAAUGGUGUCGGUUUAUUAAAUUUUUUUCUUUACACAUACACACAUACACGCCCUCUUGUAAAAUUGAGUUUAUUGUGCGUUUAUUAUGUGCGAUUAUUUCCUGUCUAGCAUUGCUGAGAAUAUAGUUAUAAGACACCUAGGCAUGCGUAAGAAAUCCUAAGUACGUAAGAUGAAAUUUGCGUGUAAUACAAUCUUAAUAAAUGUUAAUUAAAUAACUGAUAUCAUAAAAAAAUCAAAUAAAUAUCAAAAAUAUGAAAAUAAAUAAUUCUUUUAAGGUUUCAGUACACAAAUUACAAUUGCACUUUCAUAUACAUUGACCUAAACUGAUUAGUGUUUUUUUUUUUUAUGUAAACAAAGUUAAUGCAACAAUUCGAAACGACGAUGGAAAA